AUGGAGUCCAAUAGCAAUUAUUUAUUAUCAGAAAGAUUUAAGCGUGCAGCCUUACGUAAAUCCGAGAGAAAGGUACCAUCCACAGUUGAGCCAACAGCACCAAGAUCCCAACCAAUAAUUGAACCACCAAGUGAAUCACCAGCAAAGGCCGCAGAAGUCGAGCCACCAGCAUUGGAAGCACGAUACGAGCCCUUUCAGUCUGCAACCCCCACGUUUUCCAAGACCAAGCUUACGAAAAAACAAUGGGACUCCCUUACUCAAGUUCAACGAGCAAAAUACCUCGCUUAUGAGAAGCCCUCGACUAGGAUAUUGACGAAUAUAGCCCAUAGUGAGAUGCGUGUGGAUGAACUAUUUAAGGAAGACAAGAAGAAGAUGAGUGAGCAAGCCCAAGAAUUCAAGAGUCGAACUGCAAGGGCCAACGACCAGGGAGAUGGAGCACAGAUGGCGCAAAUGCGAAUGGUUGCCAAGGCUAGGGAAGAGCGAGAAUCCAGGAAUGCCGAACUGCAGCAAUUGAUUGAAGGCCAGCGGUCCAGCUUUGAUGCCAUUCGACUGAAGGAAUAUCUGAUAUUAACGAAACCCAACACCUCAUGCCAAGUCCCCCUUAGCGAGAAAGAGAGACGCAGAGUGGAGAUUCUCCUAUCGUCAUAG